AACCUUAUAGCAACCGAUAUCAAAAUAUCAAGAUUGACAAUAAAAUCAAACAUGGAAACUACUGAAUCUCGUCAGAAUCUCUUGAAUUGCACUGAGCAAAGGGGCAGUGAGGCUAACUAUAACGCCUUGAAGGAUAUUCCGGAUAAGCCUUUAUCUGAAAUAGAAAAGACUUUUUUGCUUCAUGCUGAAAGAGGAGAUGUGGCUACAGUGCGAAGGAUUAUCGAAGAAUACAAGGAAUUCAAAGAGGAGUUCGACAUCAACUGUGUAGAUGCACUCAAUAGAUCAGCUUUAAUUAGUGCCAUAGAGAAUGAGAACAUAGAUUUAAUCAAGGUCCUUCUAGAAAAGGGUAUAGCAGUAAAAGAUGGUCUUCUACACGCCAUCAAAGAAGAAUAUGUGGAAGCAGUGGAGGUCCUACUGCUAUACGAGGAAAAACAUCAUAUACCUGGAGAGGCUUACAGCUGGGAAAGAGUUGACAGGUGCUCUUCAACUUUUACUGCCGACAUAACACCAUUAAUUCUAGCUGCCCACAAGAACAAUUUCGAGAUAAUCAAGAUCCUUCUAGACAGAGGUGCCACAUUGCCCAUGCCCCAUGAUGUCAGGUGUGGCUGCGACGAUUGCGUAGCUUCAAGUACUGCAGACUCCCUCCAACACUCCCAAUCAAGAAUCAACGCUUACAGAGCCUUAACAGCGCCAUCUCUGAUAGCCUUGUCUUCCAACGAUCCAAUAUUGACAGCGUUUCAGCUGUCUUGGGAUCUCAGAAGGUUGAGCAGGAUGGAAACAGAGUUUAGAGCCGAGUAUAACGAAAUGAGGGGUAAGGUCCAAACUUUUGCUACUGCCUUACUACAUCACGUUAGGAGUUCUUACGAGUUGGAGGUUAUGCUGAAUUAUGAUCCUACUGGAGAAACGUGGGAUCCAGGGGAGCAUCAGUCUUUGGAAAGGCUUAAACUUGCCAUUAAGUACAAGCAGAAACAGUUUGUUGCCCAUCCGAAUGUCCAACAACUGCUGGCUGCAAUAUGGUACGAAGGCCUUCCAGGUUUUCGUAGAAAAAACCUAGUAGGUCAGUCAAUACAGGUGGCCAAGCUAGGUGCAAUGUUUCCGGUAUACUGCACCGUUUACAUUUUCGCGCCAAAAUCGACGAUGGGUUCGUUUAUGAACAAGCCCUUCGUGAAAUUUAUCUGCAACUCGAGUUCUUACGCGUUUUUUCUAAUGUUACUCGGUGCAGCGUCUCAGAGGGUGGAGAUUUUAUUCUUGGAAAUUGUUGGCAACGAAUGGAUGAGGGGUCUGGUUCAAGAAUGGAAGAAAAGGGAGAGAGGUGCUUGGCCUGGUCUUGCCGAAUACGGUGUGAUAAUAUACGUUAUAGGUAUAAUAUGGGGUGAAAUAAGUGCCUUGUACAAAGAUGGACUGUUGGAGUAUGUUUCCGACCUCUGGAAUAUAUUGGACUUCAUCACCAACUUUUUUUACGUUAUCUGGUUGGCAGUAAGGAUAUCCGCUUGUUUCAUCACGUGGCGAGAAGAGCAAGCAGGUUUGAACCCUUGGUAUCCAAGAGAGCAAUGGGACAUUUUUGAGCCGAUGUUGAUAUCAGAAGGAGCUUUUGCUGCAGGAAUGAUAUUCAGUUUCCUAAAACUGGUGCACAUCUUCAGCGUGAAUCCUCACUUAGGACCUCUCCAAAUUUCAUUAGGAAGAAUGAUAAUAGACAUCGUUAAAUUCUUCUUCAUUUACACCUUGGUGUUGUUUGCAUUUGGAUGUGGUUUGAACCAGUUGCUUUGGUAUUACGCAGAGUUAGAAAAAGACAAGUGCUAUCACCUGCCAAAUGGACUACCAGAUUUCGAGAACCAAGACAAGGCUUGUACGAUUUGGCGAAGAUACGCUAACUUGUUCGAGACGUCGCAGUCGCUCUUUUGGGCCAGUUUUGGCUUGGUGGAUUUGGUAUCUUUCGAUCUCACCGGAAUCAAAGGGUUUACCAGAUUUUGGGCUUUGCUGAUGUUCGGAUCUUACUCGGUGAUCAAUGUUAUUGUGCUACUCAACAUGCUGAUCGCUAUGAUGUCUAACUCUUACCAGAUCAUUUCAGAAAGGGCCGACACUGAAUGGAAAUUUGCCAGGAGUAAAUUGUGGAUGAGUUAUUUCGAAGACGACGAUGACCUGCCGCCCCCUUUCAAUCUGAUGCCCCAGCCGAAAAACUUUCUGGGCAACUGUCGCAAGAAGCAGAGGUCCAAGAGUUUUAUAAACAAGUCCAUGGAGAGGUGCAAAGAACGCUACAACCUGGUGAUGAAACUCCUCAUCAGAAGGUACGUAACAGCUGAACAGCGAAAUCGCGAGGACUUUGGCGUGACCGAAGACGACGUCAUGGAAAUCCGCCAGGACAUCUCGUCCUUGAGAUACGAGCUCAUCGACAUCCUACGUCAGAACGGCAUGACUACCCCGAAAAUAGCGUCGGACGAAGUUCUGCUGGCUGGUAAGAAGUGUAAACUGAUGGAGAGGAGGAUCCUGAAGGAUUUCCAGAUAGGGCUGAUGGGCGGACUGGCGAAGAGCAUGGAGACUUUCGGAAAAGAUACGAAAGAUGUAUUCGGCCAGCUUGCUAAGGUGAUAGCAAAGAAGACCAUUAAGAGAAAAUCCAAGAACUGGAAUGAAGUUGUGAAGAAGAAGGCCUUGACUCAAGACCAAAUAGGAUCUAUUGAUGUUGAGGAGAAAGCAAGACAAAGGAGGCAAAGCUUAAGGAGACGCUCUCAAGAUGGAGAUGGCAAAACAAAAAGAGCGAGAAAAUUCCCACCGCUAGCUGAGGUCAUCAAACUGGGUCAGAUGGAAUCAGCUGCUGCGGCAGCCCAUCUUCAGGUUGACGUGGACCAGGGUAAGACCAAGGCUCCUAAAUCUCCAGCUGCAGUGAGUCAGAAACCAGCAUUGAGUCCAAUACCUUCGAAAUCUCCAGCUUCUUCCAAAACUCCUACUCCUAACCCUACACCUUCAACCACCAAGAAACAAGACACAACGAUAACGAUAGAAGACAAAUCUGAAGUGAAAUCACCAAGUCCUGCACCAACAAGAACUCAAAAGACCUCAACCAAGUCGGUGGUUGUCAAAGUACCAGAGAAGCCUAAAGUUAAAGAGGAAGAUAAAGACAAAAAUGAUGAAAAACCAACGAUUGAGAGCACUUGUAAGGCUACCACCAUUUCUGAGGUGCCUCGACCAUCUACUUCCAAAACUGGUACAGCUAAGAAGAAUCUGCCAUGGCUCUAGGAGGGUUAUUUUUUUGUUUUAAGGAUCUUUCAUUCACACAUGAAAAAGUGGAUUACUAGAGUUUUCUAGAAAUUCGAUUUUGAAAUACACUGUUAUGUAAGGUGAUUCGUUCAAAAAAGAAUAAUAAAAAGAUUAUGAU